GACGGAAGUAAACAAACCCAUCGCGAACUGGGAAGGAAAAUAAACACUCGUACUGGAGGAACUGGUUUUUAAAGCCCUGACUCUCUGUGCUGUGACCGUGGUGUGACGGAGCAGAACAUCUGGAGGAGACGCGUCAUGUGGGACUUGGGACAAACAAAUAUGGAGGAGUUCACGCUGAUAAAAUCCCAUUUCCAGCAACUAUCCCUCCGGUGUUCUAAUGGUACAUUGUGUUUGCUAAUCGCCUUAGAAGACUAAUGGAUGAUUAGAAAACCCUUGUGCAGUUAUGUUAGCACAGCUGAAAACUGUUUAGCUGGUGAGAGAAGCUAUAGAACCGGCCUUCCUUUGAGCUAGUUGAGUAUCUGGAGCAUCACAUUUGUGGGUUCCAUUUGAUCUCUCAAAAUGGCCAGAAAAGGAGAACUCUCAUGUGAAACUCGCCAGACUAUUCUUGUUCUUAGAAAUGAAGGCUGUUCCAUGCGAGACAUUGCCAAGAAACUGAAAAUGUCCUACAACGGUGUGUACUACACCCUUCAGAGAACAGCACAGACGGGCUCUACCCAGAGUAGAAAGAGAAGUGGGAGGCCCCGGUGCACAACUCAGCAAGAAGACAAGUACAUUAAACUAGUCUCUAGUUUGAGUAAUAGACGCCUCACAGGUCCUCAACUGGCAGCUUCUUUAAAUGGUACCCGCCAAACACCAGUGUCCACGUCUACAGUGAAGAGGAGACUCCGGGAUGCUGGCCUUCUAGCUUCUGAUCACUCCUCCUCCGAUGAGCCGCUCAUCAAGAAGAAAACAAACCUGGCGACUGAAAAACCUGUGAAAAAAGCAAACGCAUCCAGAUCUCAAAGCACAAAAAAGAAAGCAGAUCUGGAGCCUGUCAUUAAAAUCACCAAAACUGCGAUGAGGCCUUUCUCAGCCCCUCCUAAAGAAUCUGUUUCUACAGAGAAGAAAGCUUCGGAUCCCUCCUCAGGUGACGAGCCGCUGAUCAGGAUGAAAACAAAGAAACCUGGGAAAAAAGAAAACAUUUGUGGGAUCGCCCUCAAAAAAGCCAGAAAAGGAGAACUCUCAUGUGAAACUCGCCAGACCAUUCUUGUUCUUAGAAAUGAAGGCUGUUCCAUGCGAGCAAUUGCGAAGAAACUGAAAAUGUCCUACAACGGUGUGUACUACACCCUUCAGAGAACAGCACAGACGGGCUCUACCCAGAGUAGAAAGAGAAGUGGGAGGCCCCGGUGCACAACUCAGCAAGAAGACAAGUACAUUAAACUAGUCUCUAGUUUGAGUAAUAGACGCCUCACAGGUCCUCAACUGGCAGCUUCUUUAAAUGGUACCCGCGAAACGCCAGUGUCCACGUCUACAGUGAAGAGGAGACUCCGGGAUGCUGGCCUUCUAGCUUCUGAUCACUCCUCCGACGAUGAGCCGCUGGCGACUGAAAAACCUGUGAAAAAAGCAAACGCAUCCAGAUCCAGAAGCACAAAAAAGAAAGCAGAAUUGAUAAGCCUUGUGAAGAAGAACCACACAGACAGAGAGAGGAAAACCAAAACAAAAUCUAAGACCCAGAGGAACACAAAGAAGCCAAGAAAGACGAGUGUGUCAGGAUCUUCAAGUGACGGUUCUGACGACGACACAAUCACAGCAGCUAAAAACCCUCAGGUGACAAAACCCCUGAGAAUAAUACUGGAGAGGUGUGACAGUGACAACGCCGGAUUUAAGUUUAUUUAAGUUAUUUUAUUUUAUUAAAUGCACAGUCUUUAAUGUUGUUUUACUAUUUGUGCCUUUUUAUUUGCAUGGACUGUUUCCUCUGGUUUAAACACUUGUUGAUGUUCGGUAUAUUUCAGCUUUCAUAUUGUGUGUACACUCGGCGUGAGGCAGUGGAAAUCUGUAACGUUGGAUAAAACUGCUCAGAUGAAUCCGUCUCUGUGUCGGUUGUCUUUCAACAAACUUUAAUUCUUCUUUUUCAUCUGUGUCUGUCAUCUUCAUUGAACGGUCAAUUAGAUUUUUGGUAUCAAAUCCCAUGAAUUUGUAAAACAGUAAAGGUUGAUCAUUGUUCUUGCUGCUUUCUGUUGCCACAUGGGAAUAAAUAUUCACAUAAACCGAGA